AAUAUCAGCGCCACUAUUCAUACUCCAGCAACUCUAGCCCUUACCAGUUACAACUUACAACGAAUAACGUACACAUUAAAAAAAAAAAAAAAACAGCAGGUGAUCAGAGAUACAACAGAUUAUUGUCUGAAAAAAAUAAAUAAUACACAUAAAAAUAACAAGUGAUUUAAAAUAAACAUUGUGACAAUGAACCGUACAACAGAAAAUUAUUUUUUUUAUCUUAAAAUUUUUUAUUUUAUUUUUUUGUAAUUCAUAUUGCGGUAAUGUUUAAAAACAGUGAUUUAUACAUAGCAUUUGUAGUUAAAUAAUUAUUUAAAAAUGGCCUUUGGAUCUAGUGAUGCAAAAUGUAUUCCUGACAUUGGUAAUCAACUGAAUAAUAAUUUCGAAACAAUAAAUGCUACUAUGAAUACUAAUUAUUCAUCUUAUAAUUGUCGUACGAUUCAUCAAAUUGAUGAAAAUCAUGAUGUCAAUAGUUAUAAUAAUAAAAACAUAAAUCAAUCAUCAACUCGAUCCAAUGAAAAUAAUCGAACAAUUAAAAAAAUUGAUGUUGCGACAAUGACUGAUCCUUUGUCAAUUGAUUUUCGACGUACUUCUGAAUAUUUAGCUCGCUGUUCUAAUUCACUUGGACUUUCUCGAUCAUUUGAUUCAAAUUUAACAAAUAAUAUUGAUGGUACGUUAAUUUACCACUGUCCCGAAUGUCCUAAUAAAUUUGAAGAUCGUGAUUUAUUUAAUGAACAUUUAGAAGAUCACAAACAACGGCCUCAUAUUUGCGAUAUUUGUGGUGCUAGUCUUAAACGCAAAGAACAUUUAGAUCGUCAUAAACAAGGUCAUAACAAAGACAGACCUUAUAAAUGUACAUUGUGCUGCAAGGCUUUUAAACGAAAUGAACAUCUAGCUAGACAUACAAUUAUUCAUUCUGGUAGUAAAAAUCAAGUAUGCACAAAAUGUGGUAAAGCUUUUUUUAGAAAAGAUCAUUUGAAAAAACACAUUCAAAGCCAUAAUUCUAGUAAUAAAAUUGUUGUUGAAUCACAAACAACUAAUCUUCAAGAACGUAGUAGUCCUCAUGAAACACUCGACAAUAUUGCGAUGAUGGUUCGACAAUUAAGAGCACCACCUUUUUCAAUAUUACGUACUUAGAUAUUUUUUUUUGUUUUUUUUUUUUUAUUUAUUAUUAUCGAUAUUUAAUUUACAAACGAUUUAAUUUUUAAUUCUACACAUGAGCAGAAAAUAAAUGUUUUCUUGGAUAAAGAAUUUAUUUUUAAUAAUUAUUUGAAUUGAUUAAAUAUUCCCUGGUGGAAAUAUUUUUCUAAAAAAAAUUCAUAAUUUGAAUUUCAAGUUUUGUUGUUUAUCUUUAAAUGACUGAGAUUUAACGAAUUUAUAUGAAUUAUAGGAAAUUUUAUUUUCAUGUAAGAACUAGCCUAUUGUUAAGAAUUUCAU